AUGAUGCCUGGCCAGCGACUGCAAGGCUGCCGCUCCCUGCACCUCAACGAGGACAACGGCCGCUUCGUGCUGCUGGCCGUCCUCAUCGUACUGUACCUGCUGUGCGGCGCUGCGGUCUUCUCGGCCAUAGAGAGGCCGUCGGAGCUGCGUGCUCACGGCCGCUGGAACGGGACGCUCCUCAACUUCAGCGAGACCUUCAACAUCAGCCUGCAGGACCUCAACUCCUUCCUGCGGGAGUACGAGGCUGCCAUCGCCGCCGGGAUCCGGGCUGACGCUCUGAGGCCACGAUGGGAUUUUACAGGGGCUUUUUAUUUUGUUGGAACUGUGGUGUCGACUAUAGGUUUUGGGAUGACAACGCCUGUGACAGUGGCAGGCAAGGUGUUCCUGAUCUUUUAUGGGCUUCUGGGCUGUGCGGCUACCAUCCUCUUCUUUAACCUCUUCCUGGAGCGCAUCAUUACACUGCUGGCCGUGGUGAUGAAGGCUGUGAGGGAGCGGAGAAUCAGGAACAGUGGUCUACUCCCUCCAGGCAUCCGCCAUGACUUCUCCGCCUACUCCCUCCCCGGCUGGAAGCCCUCUGUGUACCAUGUGAUGCUGAUUCUCGGCCUGUCAGCCAUCACCAUCUCCUGCUGUGCGUCAGCCAUGUACACUCCCGUGGAGGGCUGGGCUUACUUAGACUCACUUUACUUCUGCUUUGUCACCUUCAGCACCAUUGGAUUUGGGGAUUUUGUCAGCAGCCAAGGCGCGGCUUACGAAUACCAAAGCCUCUACAGGGUGGCUAACUUCUUCUUCAUGCUAAUGGGAGUGUGCUGCAUCUACUCACUCUUCAAUGUCAUCUCUAUUGUCAUCAAGCAGGUGCUCAACUGGAUUCUGGAGAAAAUGAGCUGCUUGUUUUGCCAGCGCUGCAAUAAGGCCAACGUCCUCCUGGGCAGACGCAAUGCCAUUCGCCCAGGCUCCAAGGGUCGCCAGGGUCGGCUUGGCCAGCCGCCCGACUCAGAUGGACCUUGUGAUAGUGAUACUGAGGGACGCAGACUAUCGGGGGAGAUGAUCUCUAUGAAAGACUUGGCAGCCUCUAACAAGGUGUCGCUGGCCAUCAUGCAGAAGCAGCUGUCUGAGUCGGCCAAUGGGUAUCCCAGGACAGUGUGCGGCAGCUCACGCCAUAAUGGUUUCUCUGGGGGGGUUGGCGCACUUGGUAUCAUGAACAACAGGCUGGCAGAGACGAGUAACUCCAGGUAG